CCCCAAACAUUGUCUAUAACUUUAUAAACGGUCUCUAAUGUGGACAUUAUAAACUAAUCUGGUUAACUUGUGAUUCAGAAGGACUCCUUACUUUUCCUAAACUGUCAAACUUGAAUGUUACUACUCCAGUCCGGAAGGUGGCUGUGCUACAUGUCGUCCCCCCUCAAUCCCGAAAAGAAGAAGAAGAGCCGGGCGGAAGUGGGGAAAUGGAACCAAAUGAGGACCUGGUCCAAACAAGCAGCAGUAAAACACUGCUCAUCCGACACUUACCUUCUGAACUAAGCCAGGGCGAGAAGGAAGACCUCUUGAAGUAUUUUGGAGCUGAGACAAUCAGGGUCUUCUCAAACACAGGGCGCUUGAAACAUGCAGCAUUUGCAAGCUUUAGAAGUGAUAAGUCAGCAGCAAAAGCUCUUCAGAGGCUCCAUCAGUUAGAGAUUCUUGAUAAAACACUUGUUGCAGAGUUUGCAAAAGGCCAAGAUCAUGUAACAGUAUUAAAGGACCCAUCAGUGUCCGUCAGUGGAAAACAUGUCAGGAAGGAGCAGAAGAAACAGGAAACCAAGCUACCAAACAUUCCCCUCAUAGAAACCGGCAUUGCACCUGACCUUGGGUUGAAAUUUCAAUCGAACCCCACUCUGAAAUAUUUAUACCCACCACCUUCUAAUGGCAUUCUGACAAACAUAACACACGCCCUCAUCAGUGUGCCAAAGUUUUAUGUUCAAGUCCUUCACCUGAUGAACAAGAUGAACUUGCCCUGUCCGUUUGGCCCAAUCACUGCCAGACCCCCCAUGUAUGAGCACCUGCCUCCUGCACCACCCUUCCCCAUGCCUCCUCCCUUCCCUCCUGAAUACCCCCCUUUGCCAGAGGAGGAGAUGGAGAUGUCCAGCGGAGAAGAAUCCGAGUACGAGAGUGGGGAGGACGAAGACAAAGAGAGGAUUGUUCGUCUGAUGGGCCUGGUCAACCAAGCGUGCAAGAGACCCUUGAGACCAAAAACAGCUUCAAAGAGAAAGAAGCCCAGGAUCAAGGAUCUACUCUACGCUCCCAAAGCAGACUCUCAGAGUGCUCCUGUGCUGCAGCCCUCUGACGUGUUCGAGCAGCCCCCCUCCGCUGGGCAGAAGAAAAUUGAAUUCCACAUUGCGGUUCCAGAGGUGGCAGCGACAGAGGAGGGGAGGGGGCCAUGCCAGUCUGAAGAUGAAGGCAGAGAAGUGGAUGAGUUGGAGCCCCCGCCCAGCAGUGACCAGGAGGUGACGGAGCCGGAGGGUUUUGGGAAGCUUUACCCCAGCACUCAGGCGUCGCAACAGGAGGAGGAGCACAGUGACGAGGAGCAGGAUCUCCCCUCUGAUGUCAUCUCCAGGAAGGAGCUGGAGAAAGGACGGCUGUCAAGAGAUGAAAUAAAAAGGAUGUCUGUGUUCAAAAAUUACGACUCGGGUGAGCCAACCUGCAGACUGUACGUGAAGAAUAUCGCAAAGCAAGUGGAAGAGAAAGACCUGAAGUAUAUCUAUGGCAGAUACGUCAACCCUUCAUCAGAAGCCGAGAGAAACAUGUUUGACAUUGUGUUAAUGAAGGAGGGGCGGAUGAAAGGUCAGGCCUUCGUAGGACUCCCCAGUGAGCAGGGUGCAGAGAAGGCCCUGCGGGAAACCAACGGCUACGUUCUGUAUGACAAACCCCUCGUCGUCCAAUUUGCCAGAUCUGCCAGACCAAAAGAAGACACCACAGUUACCAAGAGAGGCCCGAAACAAAGGUGAACCCUACAGAUGCCAUGGCUUGAUAUUGUGGCCCAGCAGAACCAUUUGUAUCCUUAUUGUGGCAUAUCCUUUGGAAGACAAAGUAAAGAGAAACGGGGGCAGUUUAUUUGUAGUUACUGUGGUGCAAUUGGAACUUGAAAACAACUCGACCUGUUUUGUAGUCUAAAUUUAAAUAAGACUGAGUACCUUGCUUUGUUUGUAUAGCUUCAGUAUGUUUCUUUUAGUGUAGACUCUGUAAACAUGUGCUAUUUUGGAGCUUGUCUUUACACUUCUCUCUACCCUGUGUGACUGAAUUUCAGGUGAUGGUCGUCAGAUGUCAUCUUCGUCUUUUAUUACUGAAUAAAACAUAUUUUAUUAAGAUAA